ACCAUAUCGAUAUCUAUGUGAAACAGUUUCAUCACCUAAUCAAUAUAUCAGUUAUCAACAACUAGGUAAUGGGAUAAAUAAUUGUGCCGAUGGAAGUGAUGAAAUUUCUAAAAACGUUCAUUGGUCAUCUAUGAAAUGUGAUGUUGAUGAAAACUAUCCAUGCUGGGUUUUUCAAGCGAAUGGAAUCUAUGAAGAUAGAAUUUCCAGUGUCAAGAUGAACAGAAUUUUUCUCAAUGGAUCUGUACUAGCAUUGCGCGUCGAUGCAAUCGAACAGGUCAAUGUAUUAGUGAAGAAUAUUUCUGUGAUGGAGAAUUUGAUUGUGAUGAUGGAGAAGACGAAUUAAAUUGUCCUGAGGGAUCAAGAAGAUGGAACUUUGAAGAAAUAUGUAAUAGAACAAAUGAACAUUUUUGUAUUACUCAAUAUUAUCUUGAAGAUCCAAUAUCUAGACGUCCAUGUAUUCUGUAUAUUAAAGCUGGUGAUGGUCAUUUUGAUUGUUUAGGUGGCCGCGAUGAACGUAAUGUCUUUUCUUGUUCAGAUCAUUUGAUGUUAGAAGAUCGUUUCUCGUGUGACAAUCAAACAAAAUGUUUACAUUUUACGGUAAUAUGUGAUGGAAUUUAUCAUUAUCUUGACCGAACAGAUGAACUUAUUUGCCACUGGAAUCGAAUCUCCGAAACAAAUGAAGUACUCACAUUUCCUUUUUAUGGUUAUUGUAAUCGUGGUUUUUAUUUAACUAGAUACAACAAAACAAAAUCUCUCUGUUUUUUUCCACCGAGUUAUUAUGGUAAUCGUUACCAAUACAAUAGUCAACGAGUAACUGUACGUGUCUGGUUCGAUCGACGACAUUGUGUUGAUAUCCCAGUCGUCUUAAUUGUUUUGGUGACCCUUAUUUACAAUCAUAGUGAAAUUAUCGAUCAUCAACUCAUCUUCGACAUUAAUCAAGAUAAUAGAGUGAAAUAUAAGCUUUAUUUACUCUAUUCCCGGCCAAGACCUCACGGAUUAUAUUCAGUACGUUUUGAAGUUUAUCAUUCGAUGAUUUUUCUAGCGGCAUGGGAAUAUCAAAUGAGUCCAUUCAAUUUUCUACCUGUUUUUCGUCUGGCAAAAAUCUUACGUUUUUCAUCAAAUGUUCUUUCAUUAUUUUGUUCAACAAAUCUUUGUCACAACCAUGGAACAUGUUACUUAAUGAAUAAUAAUCAACAUUUAUGUUUAUGUCAAUGGCAAGGACAUUUUUGUGAAAAAACAUUAUUGAACGUUGCAUGUGCUUUGCAUUUUCUUGUAAGAGAUCGAAAUAUUUGUAAUUGCCCAUAUGGAUAUCUUCAACCAAAUUGUUUUGUUCGUAACAUUAAAUGUGAACAAUCGCAACCAUGUCAAACAAAUAUGGAAUGUUAUCCUAUUUCUAAUCAACCACCAACUGGUUUUUGGUGCCUAUGUAAUAAACUGAUGUGCAAUGUUCGAGACGCCCUAUUAACUAUCAAUCGAAAGGAAUUCAAGAAAUUACCAUAUCUUUUUCAAUUAUUGAAGAUAACUUCUGAUUAUCCACGUGUUCGACAACAGAUUCUUGUUUAUCCAUCAACAAAUUUUCCUAUUAGUACAGGGAUCAAUAUGCGCGAUCCACGUAAUACGAAAGACUAUCUUCCUGAAAUUGGUCUACUUUUUACAUUUGAACCUCUUGAGCGAUCAGUAGACAUUAUUCUUCAUCUACUCUAUAUUAAUUGUUCGACCAUUUUUCGAAAUCUCUCUGUCGAUCUUGAUGUUCAACUCUAG